GUCUCUCUACCCUCCUAGAUUUACACUUCAAGCCUCUUUUAAUCAUACGCUCAACCUCCAAUAUGAAGUUCUCCACUGUUGCAUUUACGAUCGCCACAUUCCUAGCUACAAGUACCUGGGCCGCUCCAGCCGAGACAACAGCCUCUGAAAAUAAAGUAUCAAACAUGCCAGAGGGUAUCUCUGGCGCGGUUGUAGGACCAGAUGGUACUUUCUUAGCGGAAACCUCAGAUGAUUGUGGUGCCAACUCCUGUCAUGGUUUUGGAGGUGAUGACCUUUGCAAUGACCGCUGCAAACACUGUCGUUAUAAGCGCGGCUCCUGCUGUGGUAAUCUUUGGCAAGCUUGCUGCUGCUUCUACAGCUAAAAUACCAAAGAGUCUAUUAGCUUAAAACAUAUGACAGAAGGGCAGAAAAUUAGAUAAAUUAGUUAAAAAAUUUCUGAAGUACCAAGGUCCGUCCCUACGUGGCGAGACACCCUGUGUGCCGAGACAAACGAGGGGUACCUUGACUUUCAGCAACUGCAAAAUCUAUGCGUAUACUGGGGCCCAACGGCUGCUGUAGCAGAAUUUAAAUGAAAUUGCCC